AUGGUCGUUGAAGCCCCAUCUUCAUCUAGCCAUGCUAGUGGAGACACCGUUGGAACUAGAAUCCCAAUAGUUCCCGAAGGUGAUGGAUUUGAUCAUCAUAAAUUGGUAGUUUCAGAAAUUGCUCACAUCAUACGUACUCAUUUGAAUGAGGGAAAACCGUCAUGGAAGAAAUUAUCAAAAGAGCAGCGAGAUUCUUUCUUUGAUCUAUUUAAGCAAAAGUUUACAUGGCCACCCGAGCACAAGGUUACAGUGCGUCGCAACUUUGAAAAAAGAAGUGCAGCUAAGAUGUCUCAAUUAAUGCAAGAUGUUCAGAGAGAUUUAGAGUAUAGGCCGGAAUGGAUGGGAGAGGAGGUGUGGAAGAAACUAACGGUACAUUGGAAUUCCUCCAAGUUCAAAAAAGUAUCUGCAACAAAUAAAAGAAAUCGUUGUUCUAUGGAUGGUGCAUCUCUUCACACUGGAGGAUCUAUUCCUCAUCGUUUGCAUUGGAAAAGAAUGAAAAAGGAAAAGGGUGUCGAUCCAUCAUUGACUGAAUUUUAUUUUCGCACUCAUCGAAAAAAGGAUCAAAGUUGGGUGGGUGUUCACGCUGAAUCUGCAUAUGAGGAAUUUGAAAGGAAAAAGUUGAUGAUUUCUUCUGAAAAUUCAACUGUUCCAGGAGAGGAUGAAGUUGAUAGUCAACCUACUGUUGAAAUGCCGUCUGAUUUGGAUAUAUGGGUGGAGUCAUUUGGAAAGAAGAAAGGGAGGGUAUUCGGUCUUGGAACCAUUGCCAAGACUCUUGUUCCAUCAUCAACUCAACCAAGUCUUUCGAGUAACUCUCAAGAGGUUGAUGAUUUGAGAAGUCAAGUCCAUGCUCUUAAUGCAUCAUUACAAAGACAAGAACAAGAGAAGUUGGAGAUGAAGCAACAAUUGCAACGACAAGAAAAAGAGAUGAUUGAAACGAACAAUAAACUUUCAUUGUUAAUGAAUCAUUUAGGAUUUGCUGCAUCUUCUUCUCAUCCACCUCAAGCCAAUAAUGAAAUUGAUAAUCAAAGUGAAGAUGAUGUUGAUGAAUCAGAUGAAGACAUUAGUGAACAUAUUAGUAGUGAAUUUUGA